UGAUCUGUGUCUCUCUGACGUGACGAAUAAGCGCGCGCGAUCCUCCUCUUUACUACUGCCCACCGCGCGCGUAAACGAAACCAGGUGCUGCGAGCUGGCGCAUUUUACACACUCAGGCCCGACAGCGCUAAAACACAGAGCAGUGUGUGUGUGUGUGUGUGUGUGAGAGAGAGAGAGAGUAAGAGAGAGAGAGAGAGAAAUUGGUCCUCACUUUUUCCCUGCUGGGAGCGCAGCGCAGUCCGAGGCGGGACCACGCGCACUGACACAGGACGUGGCUGGAGCUCCGACAAAACCGAGAGAAUGCUGACAGCUUUGGUAUUUUUGCUCUGCUGCUUCCAGCCUGGAAAGAGUCAGAGGUGCAGUGAGGGGUUUAUGUAUGACGUUCGAGCCAGGCAAUGCAUCGACAUAGAUGAGUGCCGCACGGCGCCAGGCGCGUGCCGUGGUGACAUGCGGUGCGUCAAUCAAAACGGAGGUUACCUCUGCCUCCCCCAAAGCCUUUAUUCUACGUCGUAUGCUGAGCAGAUACCGUCCUACGCUGAGUAUCCUGACACCUCAGUGGGGUUUUCUGAGCAGUUUCCCCCUCCUCCACCUAUCAUCCCCGGUCCUGCGUCCGGUCCUGGUCCAAGUUAUCCGAUAGUGAGCCGUUCCUCUGCCCCCUGCAUCCUUGGCUACACGCUUGGAGAGGAUGGCAGCUGUGUUGACAUUGAUGAGUGUGAGACUCGGUCCCAUCAAUGUAACCCCACACAGGUGUGUAUAAACACAGCAGGUGGUUACUCCUGCUCCUGCACUGAGGGUUACUGGCUAGUGGCUGGACAGUGCCAGGAUAUUGAUGAAUGCCGCUAUGGUUACUGCCAGCAGCUGUGUGCUAACCUGCCAGGCUCUUACUCCUGCUCUUGCAACCCAGGAUUCAACCUGAAUACUGACAGUCGAACAUGUGAAGAUAUAGAUGAGUGUGCUACUAACCCCUGCACUCACGGAUGCCUGAACUCAUAUGGCUCAUUCAUGUGCAACUGUGACGAAGGCUUCGAGCUUGCCUCGGACGGAACAACCUGCAUCGAUGUGAAUGAAUGCAGUUUCUCAGACUUCCUGUGUCAGCACACGUGUGUAAACACUCCGGGUUCGUUCGCAUGCACAUGUCCGCCUGGUUACUACGUCUUUGAGGACGGCCGGAGCUGUGAAGACCUCAAUGAAUGUGAGUCCGGUAACAACACGUGUACAGCAGCACAAGUUUGUUUCAAUUUCCAGGGAGGGUACACAUGCCUGGACCCCCUCAUAUGUGAACCGCCAUAUAUAGAGCUCAGUGACAAUCAGUGUAUGUGUUCUGCGGAGAACCGUGCUUGUCAAGACAGGCCCUUUACUGUUCUAUACCGCCACAUGGACCUGUCUUCUGGACGCAGUGUCCCUGCUGAUAUUUUUCAGAUGCAAGCCACCACACGCUACCCCGGGGCUUUCUACAUCUUCCAGAUCAAAUCUGGCAACGAGGGUCGUGAAUUUUACAUGCGGCAAACCAGCAAUGUCAGCGCUACACUGGUCUUGACUCGGCCAAUCAAGGGACCGAGGACAGUCGUCCUGGACCUGGAAAUGGUCACAGUCAACAAUGUUAUCAACUUCCGAGGCAGUUCCAUCAUCCGCCUUACAAUAUUCAUCUCCGAACACCCCUUCUGAGACUCUACACAUGACCUCUGUUCUUUUGCCCUUCAAUCAUGGACUUCCUGUGACCAUAUUACACAUCAGGCAGCUGUGUUUGUUCAUGUCAGUUAAUGUUUUGCCAUUUUUGACUGUUUAAUGAUUAUGACCACCCUAGGGUAGAUAAUGUUUUGUAUUCUGUGUCAGGACUGACAUGUCACAACAAAGAGCUGUUAUAUAAAUUUUGCAUUAUGGCAAAGGAGGUUAAUAAAAAUAGGCUGACUCUGAAUUGUCCACUUUCACUUUUGUGCAUCCAGUCAGAAGGAUAUUUAUGACUUUUUCCUUGUUUAUGUGGUUUUUUGUCUUUCCAUCUUGUUGGGGAUCAUUUUAAGAAAUAACACAAACCUUUGAACUGUUUCCUCAUUCUUAAACAGGUGUUUGGGUUUCGUUUUUUUUUUCUGCCACAGCAU